AUGUAUGUUAUUCUUCUAUAUGGUAAUAACGCUGAAUCGACCUUGUUCAAAAAAAAUUUUCGAUUUUUUGUUAAAACUGUUGCUGGUAUUUAUCAUUCAACUUGGCGUGAAAAAGCACUUGCAGCAGAUCCAAAUCUUAAGAAUCGUUUUAAAUUAACAAAUGCAAUUACAUUUUAUAAUUCAUCUGAUUUUCUAUAUCCAAUGAUACUUAAAGUUGGUUCAUGUCUUGUUCAUCGAAAUCUUAAAGUAGCUCGUGAUCGUUAUAAUUCAUCACUUAUUUAUGUUGAUAUAUUAAAUACGAAAUAUGAUGAAUUACCACCAGAUUUAGCAUAUGAUAAUCGAGCAACAGCACGAAUUGCUGGUAAAUAUAUUUUACAAGGUGUUCGUCGAAAACGUUUAUUUAAUCAAUAUUAUAUUGAAGAAAUAUCAGAGAUAAUACAUAUCGAAUGGAUGAAACGUAAUCGAAAUCGUUCAAAAGAAGAAUUAAUGGUACCUUAUGCAAAUUUAACUAAUACAGAAAAAAAUAAAGAUCGAAGAGCUGUAUUAAUUGCUGGUCAUGUAUUUAAUGAAUUUUAUUUUUAUUAUAGAUUUAAUACAACUCCAGUUUAUUUUAUUGAACAUAUUAUUUAA